UCUGUCCAUGAGGGGGGGGGAGGGGGUGGCGCGCGCGCCAUUUCUAGUCGUUUUCAAAGCGCCUCGCGCUGGUUCUCACGGGCCAGGCCGCCGGCCCCCCGCUCUGCCCUGCAGCAUAAUAAAAUGGCUAAUCAGGUGAAUGGUAAUGCGGUACAGUUAAAAGAAGAGGAAGAACCAAUGGAUACUUCCAGUGUAACUCACACAGAACACUACAAGACACUGAUAGAGGCAGGCCUCCCACAGAAGGUGGCAGAAAGACUUGAUGAAAUAUUUCAGACAGGGUUGGUAGCUUAUGUCGAUCUUGAUGAAAGAGCAAUUGAUGCUCUCAGGGAAUUUAAUGAAGAAGGAGCUCUGUCUGUACUACAGCAGUUCAAGGAAAGUGACUUAUCUCAUGUUCAGAACAAAAGUGCAUUUUUAUGUGGAGUUAUGAAGACCUACAGGCAGAGAGAGAAACAGGGCAGCAAGGUGCAGGAGUCCACAAAAGGGCCAGAUGAGGCAAAGAUCAAGGCCUUGCUUGAGAGGACUGGUUAUACUCUGGAUGUAACCACAGGACAGAGGAAGUAUGGUGGUCCUCCACCAGACAAUGUGUACUCGGGUGUGCAACCUGGAAUUGGAACAGAGGUCUUUGUAGGUAAGAUCCCAAGAGACUUAUAUGAGGAUGAGUUGGUACCCCUUUUUGAAAAGGCUGGUCCUAUCUGGGAUCUGCGCCUCAUGAUGGAUCCGCUCUCUGGUCAAAAUAGAGGAUAUGCAUUUAUUACCUUCUGUGGAAAGGAAGCAGCCCAGGAAGCAGUUAAACUGUGUGACAGCUAUGAGAUUCGCCCUGGUAAACACUUGGGAGUGUGCAUUUCUGUGGCAAACAACAGACUUUUUGUUGGAUCCAUUCCAAAGAAUAAGACAAAAGAAAACAUUCUGGAAGAGUUCAGUAAAGUCACAGGUUUAACAGAGGGUUUGGUGGACGUUAUUCUCUAUCAUCAACCCGAUGACAAAAAGAAGAAUCGGGGGUUCUGCUUCCUUGAAUAUGAGGAUCACAAGUCAGCAGCACAAGCCAGACGCCGGCUGAUGAGUGGAAAAGUAAAAGUGUGGGGAAAUGUAGUUACAGUUGAAUGGGCUGACCCUGUGGAGGAACCAGAUCCGGAAGUCAUGGCGAAGGUGAAAGUUUUAUUUGUGAGAAACUUGGCUACUACGGUGACAGAAGAAAUAUUAGAAAAGUCAUUUUCUGAAUUUGGAAAACUGGAGAGGGUGAAAAAGUUGAAAGAUUAUGCCUUCGUUCAUUUUGAAGACAGAGGAGCUGCUGUUAAGGCUAUGGAUGAAAUGAAUGGAAAAGAAAUAGAAGGGGAAGAAAUUGAAAUUGUCUUAGCUAAGCCACCAGACAAGAAAAGGAAAGAGCGUCAAGCUGCUAGACAGGCCUCCAGAAGCACUGCGUAUGAAGAUUAUUAUUAUCACCCUCCUCCCCGAAUGCCACCUCCAAUGAGAGGUCGAGGUCGUGGUGGAGGGAGAGGUGGAUAUGGCUACCCUCCAGAUUAUUAUGGCUAUGAAGACUACUAUGAUGAUUACUAUGGUUAUGAUUAUCACGAUUAUCGUGGAGGCUAUGAAGAUCCCUACUACGGCUAUGAUGAUGGCUAUGCAGUAAGAGGAAGAGGAGGAAGGGGAGGGCGAGGUGCUCCACCACCACCAAGGGGGCGGGGAGCACCACCUCCAAGAGGUAGAGCUGGCUAUUCACAGAGGGGGGCACCUUUGGGACCACCAAGAGGUUCAAGGGGUGGCAGAGGGGGUCCUGCACAGCAGCAGAGAGGCCGUGGUUCUCGUGGAGCUCGGGGCAAUCGAGGGGGCAAUGUAGGAGGCAAGAGAAAGGCAGAUGGGUACAACCAGCCUGAUUCCAAACGUCGUCAGACCAACAACCAACAGAACUGGGGUUCCCAACCCAUCGCUCAGCAGCCGCUUCAACAAGGUGGUGACUAUUCUGGUAACUAUGGUUACAAUAAUGACAACCAAGAAUUUUAUCAGGAUACUUAUGGGCAACAGUGGAAAUAGACAAGUGAGGGUUUGAAAAACGAUACUGGCAAGAUAUGAUUGGCUCUAGAUCUACAUUCUUCAAAACAAAAUUGGCUUAACUGUUUCAUCUUUAAGUAGCAGUUUGCUGCCAUUUGUAUUCAGCUGAAGAAAUCACUAUGUGUAUAUACUCAAGUCUUUUUAUUUUUCUUCUUUUCUAAAUGCUCUUGGACAUUAUUGGGCUUGCAGAGUUCCCUUAUUCUGGGGUUACAAUGCUUUUAUCGUUCCAGGCUUCAUUUAAGCUUCAAAACAGACUGUUAAAUCAUGAUUUUGCAGAACCUUUGGUUUGGACAGUUCUGUUUUUUUGGAUUUGGAAUAGAUUACAUAGGAGUAUGAAGUAUGCUGUAAAUAAAAAAAGUACAAGCUAGUGCUCUGUCUUAGUAGUUUUAAGAAAUUAAAGCAAACAGAUUUAAGUUUCCUUGUAUUGAAAAUAACCUAUGACUGUAUGUUUUGCAUUCCUAGAAGCAGGUUAACUGUGUUUUUAAAUUGUUAUAACUUCACACCUUUUUGAAAUCUGCCCUACAAAAUUUGUUUGGCUUAAACGUCAAAGCCGUGACAAUUUGUUCUUUGAUGUGAUUGUAUUUCCAAUUUCUUGUUCAUGUAAGAUUUCAAUAAAACUCAAAAAUCUAUUCAAAACAUUACCUAUUUCAAAUUCAAUUGUGUCCUAAAACAUUAUUUUAUUCGUAAUCCUUGAAGGAAUACUGUUUUCAAAGUAGAACUGCCUAUGUGAGUGAUCAAAUUCAUGAAAAAUUUCUUGUCUAUUCCAUCAUGUAUUGUGGAUACCAGAUUUGAGGAUUAUUCUAAAUUCACAUAUUCCAAAUAGCAUUUCAUUGAUUGGUGUUCUCUCAUGAUCUCUUCUAAUUUUGAAAUUUUAUCCUUAAAACAAAAACAGACUCAAAGGUUUUGAACAGGUAUUGGAUAAUUUUCAUUAAAGCAAAAUGGAGCUGGGGAAGCAGAAUACAAUUUAUUUUGACCCACAUUCUUUCAAAUCAAGGAUAAUUUAUGACUGAAAACUUUAUUUGCUGGAUAAGUAAAUACAAAUACAGACAAAAUUUAGUAUUGUGGUGUCAUUUGCACUGUGAACUAAACUUCAGUUUUAGUGUUUAUGGUCAGCACCCCUGUAUCAGUUACUGGACCAUCAUUCCUAUUGCUGAGUACACUUGCUUUGGGAAGCAGUCAUGCCUUAGAAGAGGUUUUUAAAUAUCAAGUAGUUAUGUCUCUGGCUUUCUGCUGAAUCCUCUUUAUUUUUAAAUUUUUCCUAUGUCUACUGGCUAAAUUUUUGUUGGCCAAGUAAUAACAUCUAUUUCCUUGUUUCUUUUAGAAAUUCUAAUUUAUUCUAAUGACUUUUUGCUGAAUGAAAAGAGCAGAAGAAUGUAAAUUUUCAGUUAAGUUUUUUUUUUCCUUUUAGUGCUGGGAAUUGAAUCCAGGGCCCAGUACACAUGCCACCAUUGAGCUGUAUCUCUAACCCCUCUAAAAUGUUUUAAAUUAUAAGACAUAAGCCACUGGGGAAUUAAAAUGGACUCCCUUGUUUUAUGCUUUGUUCCUGUUUGGUGUCUUUUGUGGUCACAAUUUUAGAUUUUGGAAUCAUAAGCCAUUUAAUUCCUGUCGGCACAGUCAAUCAUAUUUUCAGUUUUGUGACUUCAUUUUGAAUUUUAAAAAUUAACAUUUGCUGAUGAAAGCCAAAUACCACAUUUUUUUUUCAAAGUUUAUUAACAUAGCAUAAUAAUUUAACAGGCUUUAUUAGUAGUCCUAUUUUGUAGAAGUUGAUAAAGGAAUUAUGUGGCCUGUUGUUAUAAAUUAAGAUGGGUGUUACUUGGUAAGGUUUAGAGUCCAGUUUUAAAUUUUUCUUAUGGCCAUGUAUACAAAUAGAGCAGAUAUUCUUUAAACACUGCUUUUAAACUUUGAAAAUAUAAUUUGAAACCUUGAGUGUAAAUUAGACUUAAAUCACUAAUUUUUUCUUGGAAAGAACAAAAUGUACAAGUUAAAUUUUCAUUGCUAAUGUUUUUUUAAAAUACAUGUUAUGGGCUAACAAGAUGGCCCAGCAAAAUGCUGUCAGACCUGACUCUGUGAGUGUGACCUCAGAGCCCACAGUUGUCCUCUGACUUCCAUAAGUGUGCUGUGACACACAUGCUUCGCACACAGUUAAUUUUGAUUUAAAAAAAUGUUUAAUUAAAUGUUUGUCAUAAAGUUAGGAGAGGAAAUAGAAGUGCUUCUGAAAAAGCAGUUCAUUAUGCUUCUAUCAGUGACCCUAAAAUACAAACUAAGCAAAAACAGUAAAAACUCAAGUUCCAUUUCAAAAUCCUUUUAUUGUACAUUCUAUUUCAGAUUUUAAGUGGGCACUUCCUUUUAUGUCCCUCUCACUAAUUAAAGAUAUAUCUAGAGAUAUUUCCUUUAAUCCUUGUUUUAAAAGUUUCUAUUGUUAAAAAUCGGUAACCCUAUUAAAAGUUUUAUUUUAGAGCUUUUCCUAUUUGAUAUCAUUUGAGUUAUGGCUUGAAUGUUCACCCCCCCCCC